UGUAAGCAUACCGUAUAUCAUAUACUGACCUCUAUACAGGGAUAACGAGUAGUUCUGAUUUAAUCGCGAUUCAUGUUGACAACUGCCAUUUGCAAACAACAAAAUAUAAUAAUAUAUUUAUAAUUUACCCAUACUACCCAAAUCUUUUGCAUUAAAUACUAUAGUAGAUAUGGGAAUCCCAAAGUUUUUUCGAUGGAUGAGCGAACGAUAUCCGUUGUGCAGUCAAUUAAUUGAAAAUGAUCGAAUUCCAGAAUUCGAUAACAUGUACUUGGAUAUGAACGGUAUCUUACACAAUUGCACUCACAAAAAUGAUGAUCAUUCGUCGCCUCCACUACCCGAAGAAGAAAUGUAUAUUGCUAUUUUUAAUUACAUUGAACAUCUUUUUGAAAAAAUAAAGCCAAAGAAGCUUUUGUAUAUGGCCGUCGAUGGCUGUGCUCCUAGAGCAAAAAUGAAUCAACAGAGAAGUCGUCGGUUUAGAACCGCGAAGGAUGCUCAUGAUGCCCGUUUGAAGGCAGAGAAAAAUGGAGAAGAGAUUCCAGAGACUCGCUUUGACAGUAAUUGCAUCACUCCCGGAACCACGUUCAUGGAACGAGUAUCCCGCCAACUGUAUUAUUUUAUUCAUAAAAAAAUUACCAAUGAUUCCAAUUGGAGUAACAUCCAGGUUAUUCUCUCCGGACAUGAUACUCCUGGUGAAGGUGAACAUAAGAUUAUGGAGUACAUUCGUACCCAAAAGGCUCAACCGGAUUAUGAUCCUAAUACACGCCAUUGUUUAUAUGGUUUAGAUGCAGAUUUAAUUAUGCUUGGUCUUUUGUCUCAUGAUCCUCAUUUUUGUUUACUAAGAGAAGAAGUUACUUUUGGCCCAGCUAGUAAGCGUCGUUCCACUGAGUUAGCAAAUCAAAAAUUUUAUCUAUUGCAUCUAAGUCUUCUUAGAGAAUAUUUAGAAUAUGAAUUUCAGGAAUGUCGCUCAUCCUUUACUUUCAAGUACGAUCUCGAACGAAUUCUUGAUGAUUUUAUCUUGUUGGCAUUUUUCGUUGGUAAUGAUUUUCUUCCACACUUACCAGGUUUACAUAUCAAUGAAGGUGCUUUAGCUUUAAUGUUUAACAUUUAUAAGAAGGUGAUGCCGAGUGCUGGCGGUUACAUUAAUGAACACGGCGUUAUAAAUAUGAAUCGUUUGGAGCUUAUAUUACUAGAACUUGAGAAUUUUGAAAAAGAAGUAUUUCGCGCUGAAGUUUAUGAAUCUAAAAAACAACCGGCAAACGAAAAGCAAUCCUUUGACUUCCAAAAAUACCUUAAAACUUUCACUGACGAUAUAAAGGCUCUUACAGUCAGUCAGAAAGAAUUUUAUGUAACUAUUCGCAAAUUUUUAUCUUCUCGUGACCUUUAUUUAGACUUUCCAUCGAAUUUAUCGAGCGCCGACCAACGUUUCAUCCGUCAUCUUGCAAGCGAUUUACAUCUUUCGUGUGCUAAACUAACCAGAGUUGAUGGCGUCGAACAUCUGAGAGUUGCAUUCAAAGAUUUGUCGUUUGAGGGCGAUGAUGAAGUGGAACAAGAAGAAGUUGAAAAGAUCCUGGAAAAAUAUGAUCAGCUUCCUUUGCUAGAUGAAGAUCAACUUAAGCAAGAAGCAGGUUUUGAAGAUAGCUUCAUUCAAUGGAAGGAUGCCUAUUAUCGAGACAAAGUACAUUUCAGCUAUUUUGACGAAGAUGCUUUGCGGGAUAUGACUCAAAGGUACGUCGAAGGAUUACAAUGGGUCCUCUUCUAUUAUUACCGUGGUUGUCAAUCGUGGGGUUGGUAUUAUAAUUAUCAUUAUUCUCCCAAAAUUUCUGAUGUUUUUAAGGGUCUGAGAUCGAACAUUAAGUUUGAGAUGGGUACUCCAUUCCGUCCUUUCGAACAAUUAAUGGCGGUAUUACCGUCCAGAAGCAGUGAAUUAGUUCCUCCAGCUUUUAGAGAACUUAUGUUCAAUUCUGAGUCCCCCAUUAAAGAUUUCUAUCCCAAUGACUUCGCUUUAGACCAGAAUGGCAAAACGGCGAGUUGGGAGGCUGUCGUGAUUAUUCCAUUCAUUGACGAACGUCGACUGUUGGAUGCUUUACACUCUCGAGAUAAUCUUUUAACAGACAAUGAACGCGAACGGAACAUGUUUAAACCUCCCACUAUAUUUACUUUGGCUGAAAAUAGUCAACCAUCGAUGUUCCCUUCUUCUUUGCCCUAUAUAUUUCCUGACUUAAUUACGAGAUGUGUGGAACGCCCAUAUCAGCUACCAUCUAUGGAAGGCAAACAGUAUUUGGUUGGUUUAUGCCCGGGAGUAUAUCUAGGUGCAUUUGGUAUGGUAGGAUUCCCAUCUUUUCAUACCUUAAAGCAUACAGCCGAACUUUCCUUGCAUGGCAUAAAUGUUUUUGGGAAUGAAAGUAAAAAUCCCAGUGUAAUCGUUCAUGUUCAAGAUCAAAGGCAGAUGUUGACAAAUGAGCAGCUUGCCUCUCAGUAUAUUGGUCGAAGAAUUUUUGUUGAUUGGCCAUAUUUACGUGAAGCUCUCGUUGAGAGCGCUACGGAUGAGAAUGUCGUUUAUCAAAAAAUCAAUGGUGAGUUGAAACAGCGAGAGUUGAACGAGUAUGAAAAGAAGUCUUUUGAACGGAAGGUAUCUUCUAAAAACAGGGAAUAUAACAAGCGUUUUGGUGUUCUAUUUGGUGAUAUGCGCCUUAUGUUGCAGGUGCGUCCUAUUAAGGGCUUACAGUAUACGCAAGAAGGGGCUCUAGUGAAAGCUUUUAAUGAAAAUGUUUUAGAUGACUACCCAAUUCAGUUGGUUGUUGAUAAAAUUGCUAUUGAUGAUCCGCGCUUUAUUGAAAAAGAAGCACCUCCUCUUGACGUUGAAUAUCCUUCAGGUACUAAGGCAUUUCAUUUAGGCGAAUACAAUUAUGGCAGACCUGCCCAGGUAAUUGGCUGUAAAAAUAACCGACUGGCUAUUUGGUUAUCUACUGCCCCUGGCUUGGAUGCUACUUGGGGCCGUUCGCUUGUAGAAGAUUCCAAGUUUAAGCAGAGGUAUUACCCAUCUUACGUUGUUGCUAAAAUGCUCAAUCUACAUCCUUUGCUAUUAAGUAAAAUCACCUCCAGCUAUCUUAUUACAGUUGGCAACAAAAGAGAAAACAUUGGUUUGAAUUUGAAAUUCGAUGCUCGAAACCAGAAAGUGUUGGGAUAUUCAAGAAAAAGUGGUACCGGUUGGGAGUUUUCAGAUAAAGCUGUAACGUUAAUUAAGGAGUAUAUGGAUACUUUCCCUCAGUUAUUUCAUACCCUAACCACCCAUGCUACUAAAGAUAAUGUAAACGCUAAUGAUUUAUUUCCUAAGGAAGAAGGUGGAAAGCUUACAGCUGUCAAGGCAUGGAUGAAAGAGAAAGAAAUAAAUUCACUUUACCGGGUCGCAUUGGACGAAGAUGCUUUGGAUACGGAAAGUAUUCAAAUGAUAGAAGAGAAAGCUUCGUCUGUCGAUUCCACUUAUCAAGUUCCUCGAAAAGUUUUUGGUGUUCCUCGUUAUGCUUUAUUGAAACCUUGUCAAACUAAGGGAUUACUACACAGUCAGACGUUCUCUUUGGGUGAUCGUGUUGUAUAUGUUCAAGAUUCUGGUAAAGUUCCCAUAGCUGCUUACGGUACGGUUGUCAGUAUUGCCUCUCAUCAACUUGACGUUGUUUUUGACUUACCAUUUAUGAGCGGUACAACCCUCGAUGGAAAAUGCUCACCGUAUAGAGGAAUGCAAGUUGAACCAUCAAUGAUUUUGAACGUCACAGAUCCUCAGUUUGUCGUCACUACUCGUGCUGGGUCUGCUAGGAAGAACAAAUUAAUGAGUGAUGCUACCCCUCCUCGUCCUAAGACAACAACUUCGGCUCGUCUUGUAACUGAGCAAAAUUCAGUCUAUUCAACUCCUCCUCCUCCUUCUACCAGUGCAUGGGCUAAAAACUCAGAGUCAAGAUCAUCCAAUGCUCAAUUAUUACAUAGUACUCCCUCUUUACCGUCUGGAAGUUCUAAACCAACAUUUAAGCCAAACAAGAAGUCGUCACAACCAAAUUACCAUCGUCAUUCUAACGGCCAUUCACCAAACCAGAGAGGCCGAGGUGGUAAACGUGGUGGCAGAUCUCAUCGCCCUGAUUCUGGAACGCACGAUGUUACUAAAAAAUUAAACGAAGUUCAAAUUCAGAAUUAGAAUUCCUGUGAAUACAAUCUUUUUAUGACUUUGGACAUGGACUUUAAUUUUUGGCAUUUUUGUUAGUUUACAAAUGGAUUGUUUCUUUUUAGUAUGAAUAAACUAGGAAUUAUCCAAAUAUUUAGUAUUGAUUUGUGUACAACCAAAACCUUGUCUUUUUAUUUAGAAAAUAUCUAGUACACCAAUCUUUCUAUUUAAUUUUUCGUUCCGUAACGGUUGACAGUCUUGCCAUCAGGAAUGUUGAAGAAAGUAAUACCAGUACCGUCGAAGGGAGUAUCCACAAUGAAAUAACCCUUACGCUCAAUUUGAACAAUAUCUCCUUUCUUCAAAUCCUUGACAGCAUUGUCUGCAUAAACAGAAGCAUGGAAUUCAGUCUUAGGAGUUAAGAAAUUCUUGUAAUCAUCUUCUUCCUCAAGCUUAUCCUUAGUAAUCAAG